AGGCCGAGAGAGAAAGAACUAAGCAAGCAAGAAGGGGAAUGGUUGCUGUAAGAUAUUAAUUAAAUUAAAUUAAAUUUCCACAGAUCUUAACCAAAGCCAUUGGAACACCUUGUAGCCCUUCCGCAAAUUCAACUGAAAAAGUUGCUAUUUUAAAUGUAUUCAAUCUCAUCCUAUCUCUGUUCCGCAACCCCAUUAUACAACUCCUUCAGCAACCACAAAUUGGAGCAAUCAACAAGUGGAAGCCAAAACAAGAACACGAUGGGAAAAGGUAGCAAGUCUCUUAUUCAAAUCCCAAUCCUCCUACACACACUUUGCAUCCUCUUGUUCCCACAACCGUUGCUAUCUCAGGACAACAAUUUCAUUCGCCAACCCGCUGGUCAACUCAUCAUCACACCACAACAACGCUCCGAUUCGGACCCCCAACAGGUGCACAUUUCGUUGGUGGGCAAAGACAAGAUGAGGGUGUCAUGGAUAACCGAAGAUAAGAAGGGAGAAUCAGUGGUGGAGUAUGGAACAAAGGAAGGAGAAUACAGUGAAAGAGCAAUGGGGGAAAAUGGCAUGUACCAAUAUUUUUUCUAUAGCUCAGGGAAGAUCCACAGCGUUGUGAUUGGGCCUUUGCCGCCCAAUACCACUUACUUCUACAGGUGUAGUGGGUCGGGACCCGAGUAUUCCUUGAAGACACCUCCUUCCAAUUUGCCCAUUGAAUUUGUCAUCGUUGGGGACUUGGGACAAACUGAAUGGACAGCAUCAACCUUGAAACAUGUUGACAGCAGCGACUACGACGUGUUCUUGUUACCUGGAGAUCUUUCCUAUGCCGAUUCCCAACAACCUUUGUGGGAUUCCUUCGGUCGUUUGGUGGAACCAUAUGCUAGCAAAAGGCCAUGGAUGGUUACCGAAGGAAACCACGAGAUUGAGAUUUUCCCUAUUAUCUACCCGAAAGGGUUCGAAGCCUACAACACUCGCUGGCCCAUGCCCUUCCAAGAAAGUGGUUCCACUUCAAACCUCUAUUACUCCUUCGAGGUUGCUGGCACCCACGUCAUCAUGCUUGGUUCCUACACUGAUUUUGAUGCCCAAUCAGAGCAAUACACGUGGCUUCAAUCUGACUUAGCCAACAUUGAUAGGGUGAAGAAUCCUUGGGUGAUUGCGCUGUUGCAUGCACCUUGGUAUAAUACUAAUGAGGCACACCAAGGUGAAGGUGAAUCCAUGAGACAAGCCAUGGAGGAGUUACUUUAUAAUGCCCGCGUUGACUUGGUUUUUGCUGGCCAUGUUCAUGCAUAUGAACGCUUCGUAUACUCGAAUUUACGACAACAAGGCUGAUUCGUGCGGUCCGAUGUAUGUGACAAUUGGGGACGGAGGAAACCGCGAGGGACUUGCGUUAAAGUGAGUGUUACAUUGUUACACACUAUUUAACAUCUUAAUUCUAAUUUAUAAUCACUCAAAAAGUGUUAUUGCUGAUUUAACAUGCUUCCUUGUUUUUUUCAUUCUCUUUUUAUCAUAUUAUUACAUUCUUAUGUUUAUCACUUUCGUUUUUAUUUUUUUUAUCUCUAAGUGUGAACAUCUCUUAAGGUGUUUACUAAAUAUUUUGACCUUUUCUCAUUCUCAACUAAUAAUUUUAAUUUAUAUACUUUUAUUUAAAAAAAAAAAAAAAACUUAUUGUAUUAUCAAAAGUGCAUUUCGCUGAUCAAAAUAAAAGAAUAACACUAAAAUCACUUCUAUUAUCGUAACUGGCAGUUUUAAUUUUUUUUUCUAUUAUGUUUCUUGCGGCGUUGAUAUGUUAAUAUUAUUGGCUGUUGAAUUGUUGCACUGUUGAGAAUAGGUUUAAGAACCCUCCAAAUCCACUCUCAUUGUUUCGCGAGCCAAGCUUUGGUCAUGGAAGGUUGCGAAUGGUAAAUGAAACACAUGCACGUUGGUCAUGGUACCGCAACAAUGACAGUGAUGCAGUGGUAGCUGAUAGCAUUGUGAUAGAGAGUUUAAGCAGCUCGAAAGGAUGCUCCAAUACACCAAACCAACAAGUUGUUACUCCUCACGAAGAGUUGUAAUUAAGCCGUAAUUAAUCCUACAAAUAAAGAAAAGAUCACUACUUAUUAAGUAUCUUAUAUUAGCUAGGAUGACAAUGAAUAUUUUUAUUAGUUGUAUAUUGGUUGAUCUUGUAUUAAUUGAUCUGCAUCCAAGUAAGAAUUGCUCGAGUAAUGUGGAUAGCGUGGCUUCUCGCCGAACAGCUUGAUUCUGUUAUUGAUGAAACACUAUUGCAUGUUCUGUUCAUCAUACUUGGUGGAAAAUAAAACAAGUGUCAGGUUGCUGAUC